CUAUGGCAGAGGAGGAUAUAAGCAUACGCGCCAUGACGCUGAACGACCAUGCCGAGGUCAAGAGCUUUCUGCGUCACAAUUUCUAUACCGGUGAGCCGCUCUCUUUGACAUCCGAUGAGGACGUAGAGAAGUGCGACGAGGAGGAGGCAGAUGACGCUCAUGCUGCGACCAUUGAACAGGGCUACUCAUUGGUGGCCGUCAAUGCUUCUGGCCGCAUUGUGGGCCUCAUGUUGGCUGAAGCCAAGUAUCCGGAAGAUGUGGAGGAACAUCAAAGGGAGGCUGAACAAAUGGAGCAACAUAUCUGGGGUCGUAUAAACCGCUUGCUUUCAAAGGUGGAAAGGGAGGCCAAUAUCUUUGAGCGUUACAAGGUCUCCAAAACUCUCUACCUACAUAUAGUCAGUGUGGAUGCAUCGAUACGCGGCAAGGGACUGGGCAGUCGCCUAGGCACCGCUCUAAUAACUCUUGGUCGGGCCAAGGGCUUUCCACUUCUGGUGGCAUACUGCACCAGCUUUUAUGCGGCGAGGCAGCUGCAGGCUUUGGGCCUGGAAUGCAUCCACUCACAACCCUAUGCAGACUACAAGGACGAACAGGGCCAAGUGGUGUUUCAAACGGCACCGCCGCACACCGAGCUCCGUGUUAUGGCCAUGCGCCUAUAACUCUGAAUUCAAAAUACUGCUACUCCAAAAAAUUGCACUAAAAUUACGAACAUCGAUAACUAUAUAUUAUAUUUUAUAUUUAUACUAAGAGCCUAUCAUAUUUUAUGGCUCAAUAAUAAACAUGAACUUGCAAAUUUUAAAA